CAAUUUGAGUGCAGUUGUGCACAGAACAAUUGCUGCAUCCAUUCAUGUUCUUUGCAUACCUGACUGUAAUACAUAACUAAAUAACAAAUUUAAAUUAGUAAAAUUCAUUAAAAGAAUAAAAUAAUUGCUGUUAUUCCAUUGAAGAUCAAAUUGUGCACUGAACACAAUUGAUUUCUGUUGCAAAACAGAACAAAUUGCUGCACCAAUUCUUUUCUUUGCAUAUUUGGUUUUAAAUCAACAAUUCACCAUAAUUACAAAUACUUACUGUUAUUUCAUUCAAAGAAGGUUUGUGUACAAAAAAAAAAAAUUCAGAAGUUCAGAAUACAAAGUGUUUUGCAUAUUGCAUACAAUACAGCUUACUGCAUUCAUUUACAUACAAGUUCUUCAAUUCUGAUUUUUGUUUAUGAUCUUGCUGUGCACGAAAUUUUUUUUAUUUUGUUUCAUGAAUACAUUGCAUACCAACAAAAAUUUGUGUGUGUUUCAUUUGGUGUGUUGAUUGUUAUUGUUUCAUUUACAAGUGAUUGUGCACAGAACAACAAAAUACUCAGCAUUUGAUUGCUGUUGCAAACAGAACAAUCUUACUGCACCAAUUUGAAUAAAUUUCAUUUUGAUUUGAUAAGUAAAGGACUGCAUUCACAUCAUCAUUGCAUUUUUACUUGCAAAUUGAUUGUAUUGGUAGCUGAAUGUUGCAUAACCAUCACAAACGAACCACUUAUUUUAAAUUCUGAAUUGUGAAAUCUUGCUGUUCAUAAUUGAAGAUUCUUGUGCAUAUUUGGCGUUAAUAAUCAGAUAAUUAAAGAAUUCACAUUAGCCAUUCAUUGUAAGUGCAAGGUGAUUGCUACUAUUUCAUUUGAGGAUAAUCUGAAUUCAAAAUACAGAAUUUGCUUGUUGCUUAUGAUCAGAAAGUUUACUGCAUAUAGCUUCUUCUUUGCAUAUCUGUGUAACUAGCAUUCAUAUAGAUCAUCAUGAAUCUAGAAGAGAAAUUUAGUGCAUUAGUCACCAUGGUUGAACAGCUGAGCAUGUCUGUCAAUGAAUUAAAGGAAACCAGAACACAAACCCAACAACUUAACUCUAAUAAUGAACCUGCAAAAGAGGAUAAGUCUAUGAGAAUUGAUGUUCGUGAAUUUGAUGGUACUUCCCAUGAACCAGAGACCUAUGUUGAAUGGGAGAAAGGGGUAGAGAGGUACUUUGAAUACAUGGAUACCCACCCAGGCCAACAAUAUAAAAUAGCCAAGGCAAAACUGACCAUGUUAGCUGCAACAUGGCUGCAAGGCUUACAAAGGCAAAGGCAACGUGAGAAUAGACCUAAGAUUCAUUCAUGGGAGAGACUUAGGAAACGCCUUAGGAGAAAGUACAUUCCCACUAAUUACAAGCAACAACUCUACACCAAGUGGAGUAAUUUGAGGCAAGACCCUAGGACAGUAGCUGAGUGUAUGCAAGAAGGGGAAAGAUUGACUGCCCUGUGUGAGAAACACGAACCAGAAGAGAGGAAGAUUGGGAGGUUCUUAAGUGGGUUAAGGGAAGAUUUAAGGGAGAGAAUUGAGGUGAUGCAGAACUUGACUUAUGAAGGAGCAUGCAAUAGUGCCCUAACAUUUGAGAAAUCAGCAAAGAGGAGAGUUGUACAACCUACACCCUUGGUCAGUAAAAUGAGAGAACACAGCACCCAUAGGGCACCUACACAAAAUACAGCACAAGACUCAACUGUUGGCAAUAGGGCAACUGCACAUCUUCCUCACAGCAGUACUGCACAACACGCCCCUGCAAUUAGGGAAACACAGCAGUGUGCACCCAUUGUUAAGACUAUACAUGUUGAUAAUGUGGAACUAAACAGACCACACUUGCAAGCUUCAUCUACAUGCACAACCCUACAUGUUGAUAAUGUUGAGAUGAAUGGAUUUUAUUUCACUGAAGAUGCGAUUACACACACGUUUCAUAGUAGCUUUAAGCCACCUGCACAGAAACCAGCACAACACCUACCUGCCAGCAGUAGCACAGGUUCACAUUUGCCACUCAUUAGCACUACACAACCCUACAUUGCAUCAAUUAGUCCUUACACAGCGAGACAACUCACAGCAAAAGAAAAGGAAGUGAACCCUAAGGAUGUCAUACCUCCUACACAGACCACGCAAACACCUACGCAUUUAUUAGGAAGGAAGGAGUAUGAUGAUAAAGAUGAUAAUGAUAGACACAUAACCAAGCUACCCUUCUAUGAGACCAUUACAUUACAUAAAAUACCUCAAGGCAUGAACUCCAAACUAACCUUCAUGCAUGUAUUCUGUGUUGAUAUUCAUGGAGGAUUUGCACAUAGUGGCUAUCCUCAUCUGCAUUUUGAACAUUUCUCAUUUGCAUGUAUGUAUGACCUUAAUCCUUGGAAUGCUACUACCUUAGUUCAUUUAUUUUUGCAGGAUAGAAGUGCAAGGAACCCAAGGAAGCAAGCAAGCACAGCCCAGCAACCACAUGCUCAGGUUCAGACAGUAGCAAAUGCAUACUCUGUUGAUGCAGCCAACAGCCAUGUUUCACCCUACCACACGAGCUUAGAAUUGAGGACAAUUCUUUUUCAAGAAGGGGGGAUUGAACCAUAUCAACUAGGCUCAUGUGAGGACAGCAACAACAACCCAAAGGCUAGCAAGGAAUCAAUGAACAACAACAACAAAAACAACAAAAACCAUGUUGAUGAGUUUUAUGAAGCUUGUGAAGAUUCUGACUUUAUUCAUACAAAUCCAUCCUCUACGUAUAGUGAUGAAUCUAACACAAGCCAAAACAAUCAAGAAGAUAAUCAAUUAAUUAUGAGGAAACAAAAACAAGAGCUUAAGAACAACAACGACCAGCAGCAAGCCAAGAUCAGAGGCAUCCAAGGCCAUCAGCAGCCUUUGACCAAUUCCACUGACCAGGCCACCUUGGCGGGCCUACCCAGACGAACCCAAGGCCCAUGGGAAGAUGUGGAGGGCAUAAUUGGAAUCUCCACACUAGGACCUAGCCAUCAUGGUCCAAGGGUCCUACGCAUGAUCAUUGUAAGCUCAUGGAAACUUGAGGCAAAGGUCGCACAGUCAUCAAGGACAGCAAGCCAAAACAUGCAGCAGCCUCGGACCACUGAGCAGGCCACCUUGGCAAGCUCGCACAGACGUGACCCGAACCCAUUGGAUGACGUGGAAGGUAGGGUUGGAAUCUCUGCACAAGGAUCUAGCCAUCAUGGUCCAAGAUCCCUCCUGGAAGUAACCGGAAGUGGACUGAAAACGGAGCACAAGGUCGUCCAGUCAGCAGCCUACAUAUCAGGCAUUACUUAGUUUCUGGUUUCUGUUUUGAUUCACUUAUGUAUAGCCACGUGUAAAUAUGACCGUUAUUAGCCGUUAAACCUUCAUGUAAGUAGCCUACUCCUCAUUCAUAGCUUAUAAAUAGGUGAUUCAAUCA